CUCGCGUCGUUUGCAAUGCAAUGCGACGAGGUUGUCCAAUGUCGCGCGGUCUCCUUGCGUCUGCAGGCUCAAAGGGUCUGCGCAGAUAUCAUGGGUCGUUACACGGGGAAGAAAUGCCGUCUUCUGACAAUGUUAUGGCUGACAGCUUUAUUUUUCUUAGUCGAAAUCGUGGUUGGCUACGUCACCAACUCGAUGGCUUUAAUAGCUGAUAGUUUUCACAUGUUAUCGGACGUGGCCGCUCUGGUGGUGGCGUUUCUCUCGGUGAAGAUGUCGCCGAAGAAAUGGUCGAAAAACACUUUCGGCUGGGCAAGGGCCGAGGUGUUGGGAGCCUUGGUGAACGCCGUGUUCCUGGUCGCUUUAUGCUUUAGUAUUACCGUGGAGGCAUGCAAGAGAUUCAUCGAGGUAGAGGAGAUACACGAGGCCAAACUGCUCGUUGCGGUUGGAGCGCUCGGCCUGCUGGUGAAUGUGAUAGGCUUAUGUUUGUUCCAUGAGCAUGGAAGCGCCCAUGGUCAUUCGCAUGGUAUAUCUCGGAGUCAUAAUAGAUUGAGCACCCUCGUAGGCACAGACGACAAUGAGAACGACGAAGCUUACAGACCUUCGACGCCCCAGGUAAAACGAGCGCAUGGCCAUUCGCACGACGCAAGCCAGAUGAACAUGCGAGGGGUAUUUCUUCAUGUACUUUCUGACGCGUUGGGCUCCGUCAUCGUAAUUGUGUCUGCCCUAAUCGUGUGGCUGACGAAGUGGAAGUAUAGAUUCUACAUCGAUCCUGCGCUGUCGCUUUUAUUAGUCGUUCUUAUCCUGCGUUCGGUGUGGCCGUUACUUCAGGAAUCAGCUUUAAUUCUAUUGCAGACUGUGCCAACACACAUUCAGGUCGAUGCUAUACAACAACGUUUGUUGGAGAACGUAGACGGUGUGUUAGCGGUACACGAGUUCCACGUGUGGCAAUUGGCGGGCGAUCGUAUUAUAGCUAGUGCGCACAUAAGAUGUAGAAAUCUUUCGGAAUAUAUGAAAAUUGCCGAACAAGUUAAGGAAUUUUUCCAUAACGAGGGUAUACACUCGACGACUAUUCAGCCAGAAUUUAUCGAUUAUCAUUCUAAUAGCGAAAUUAAAGAGACUCCCACGGAAGAUUGCGUGUUGGAUUGCCCAAAGACUGAUAAGCCGUGCAAUCAUGCAACGUGCUGUGGUCCUUCCAAACAAGGUCGUGAGACUCCGUCACCUGGAGAAACUCCGUACAUGUGCAGACAGCGUAAUAGCUUGGCGCGUUCGACCGGCUCUAUAGGAGGAACAGAGCAACAAGAAGUGAACGAAAUGGAACGCGGACACUUGUUGUCACUGCCCGCUUCGCAUCCAACAUCGUUCCACUCCGUCCAAGUUCCCCACCCUCACGUUAAUGCACCAACUGUCUGAGCUCUCAUCGCAUUAUCAAAUAUCUACCUCCAUAGUAAAAUACGCGAGAUGCGUCACGAUUUAUUGUACAAAUACAAUAAAUGUGUAUCUACAUAGAAUUCAUUAAUACCACACAGUUGAUGGCAGUGGUUAGACAAUUGCAUAUAUUAAUUGAUCAUUUAAUACAUUCAUGAUGUUGUAGGAAUUAAAAUUAUUAUUAAUCAAUAUUAAUGACAAUUCUAAUUCCUAAAUAUUAAUGAACUCUCUUCCUUUCUGAAAUAGUUUGGCAAUUAAAUUGUCAUUUUCUUAUCUUUGCCAUCAAUUUACUUAUAAUAAAUAAUUAAGAUAUUUGAUAAUUAAAACCCAAAGGCAUAUUAAUACCAAAUAUAUUACGUUACAUAAUGCUCUAUACGCUCUAUAUGCUCUGAUAUAAAUAAUAAAAUAUUGAAUUUUUACUAUAAAUUUCUUAGAAAAUAUUUCAAAAUUAGAAGACUUUGCGCUCGUUUAAUGCAUAAUUUACCGCAUAAAACGUAUAAUCUAAGUUAGUUUUUAAAUCUCACUUGUAUAUUGACGGUUUUAUUAAAAACCCACUUUGCGAAGUUCUUUAUUUAUACGUAUUGUAUAAUUUUUAAUAUGUUGAUUAUAUGUAAUUUUGUAAGAUAGGAUGCAAAUCUUGUAAGUAAGAGUAUCAAGUCUCUUUGUUAUAUCUAUAUUCUUUCCUUCAUAUAACUCUUAAGUCUGUAUAUUUUUUAUGUAUUUCUUAAAGAUUUAGGCAAUUACAAGAGACAACUACAA